UCGAGUGCUCUGCCGCCAGGCGGCGCUGCUGCCCCGGCACAUCCGCCGGGCAGGACCAGCCCAUCCCGGGCAGGACCGGCCCAUUCCCUGCCGCGACCGGCCCAUCCCGGUCAGGAGCGGCCCAUCCCCGGUCAGGAGCGGCCCAUCCCCGGCCACGACCACCCCAACCGCUGUCGGAUCGGGCCAGGCCCGGCCCAUUCACUGCCACGACCGGCCCAUCCCGGUUCAGGACCGGCCGAUCCCUGGGCAGGACCGGCCCGUCCCUAGGACGGCUGGACCAUCCUCCGUCCCCGCCCCGGUCCCAGCCCGGUGCCGCAGCCCCGCCCCGGAGCGCUGCGGCGCGGGGGGACUUCCGGGGCUGCGGCGGGCGGAGGGAGACGGCGCGGGCUGGGCGAGGUGCGGGCAUGGCGGCGAUGAGCUCGCUCGAGGCCGUGCGCAGGAAGAUCCGCAGCCUGCAGGAGCAGGCGGACGCCGCCGAGGAGCGGGCGGGACGGCUGCAGCGGGAGGUGGACCAGGAGCGGGCGUUGCGGGAGGAGGCUGAGAGUGAAGUAGCUUCUCUGAACAGACGCAUCCAGCUGGUUGAGGAAGAGUUGGAUCGGGCUCAGGAGCGCUUGGCCACUGCCCUGCAGAAGCUGGAGGAGGCUGAGAAGGCUGCAGAUGAGAGUGAAAGAGGAAUGAAGGUCAUUGAAAAUAGGGCCCAGAAGGAUGAGGAGAAGAUGGAAAUCCAGGAGAUCCAGCUCAAAGAGGCUAAGCACAUUGCUGAAGAGGCUGACCGCAAGUAUGAAGAGGUAGCUCGUAAGCUGGUGAUCAUUGAGAGCGACCUGGAGCGCGCUGAGGAGCGUGCUGAGCUAUCAGAAAGCAAAUGUGCUGAGCUUGAAGAGGAGUUGAAAACUGUGACCAACAACCUGAAGUCGCUGGAGGCUCAGGCUGAGAAGUACUCACAGAAAGAAGACAAGUAUGAAGAGGAGAUUAAAGUUCUGACUGACAAACUGAAGGAGGCUGAGACUCGUGCUGAGUUUGCUGAGAGGUCAGUAACCAAGCUGGAGAAGAGCAUUGAUGACCUAGAAGAUGAGCUCUAUGCUCAGAAACUGAAGUACAAAGCCAUCAGUGAGGAGCUGGACCACGCUCUCAAUGAUAUGACUUCCAUGUAAAUGUCCUCCCAGCCUGUGCCCGCUGCUGCUUCCCUGCCCUCACUGAUUGCGCACUUCCACCCUUGUGAAAUGAUGCUCCCUGUGUAGCGGGAGAUGCUUUCCUUUAGAGAGAAUAGGUGUACAAAAUACCAUGAACAAUUGCUUUACCCUGGCAAAGUGUGGGUGAGUGUUGUGCCAAGCCUGGUAAAUACUCAUGGUGAUUUUGUAAGCUUGUGGUUACUUUUUGAUUCUGUGUCUGCAAUCCUUGUGUCUUGUGGUUGCCCUCUGUUUGUGGCUCUGUGUUUAUCCUUUCAGUUCACCUCUGUUCAAAUGUUAUCUACCAGGCCCAUCAUGUUUGUUUUACCAAAGAAAAUUGCUGUGGUACGUGUUGCAUUCAGAGCGUAUUCCUUUGCCUGCUGUCACGAUUUUCACUCUGGCAAAGUUCCUGCAAAAAUGUCAGAGAAAUUUAGAUUUAGCUCUAUUCUCUGUUAAUGACAGUAGAAAGUGUUUAUCUAAAUUUUCAUAACUGCUCUGAAAAUUUUAGCUGUUAUCACUGAAUUCCAUGUGUGGAAAUGGAUUGAAAAUACCUUGUCAUUUAAACCCAUAAAGGCAACAAUUGAAUUGUAGGUUUCUUCUGCAUGUUUUCUGGAUAGCAGUAGGAAUUUUAUUUGCAUACACCAAAAAUGUGGCAAUACCAACUUUAGUCAUAAGGAGAAAAAUAAAGAGUGGCAGGAAAGUAGGAGAGUCAACAGCUGUAAGGUGUGACUGCUCAGUGCAGUGUUUGACACAAAGUGACUCUGAACAGAGGUCAGCUGUGCCACCUCCACCUUCCCAUGCAUGAACACUGCAGCUGACAUGGGACAGGGGAAGAGCUCUGGCUCUCCGGUGCUUAGGAGGUGCAAUGUUUAGUCCCAGCAUUCCCCUUUGGAAACCCAGGCAUGCUUUCAACAUAAGGUUUGCUUAUGUCUUAGAGCUUGAAACGGAUUUUGUUUCCACCCAUAUUUUAAAUGGUUUUUCUUCAUGUUGUUUUUGUCCCCAUGUCUGUUCAUUACUUUCCUCCUUCUCUCUACCAACAUUUUAGUAGAGGUCUCAUGUUGCUUGCUUUGUAUGCUUUGAUUCUUUGUUUUUAAAUUCCUCCCCGACAUAUGGUUUUGCUUAGUGGUUUAUCAAGCAAAUGGAUUUCUUUUUUCCUCCUCUUUAUACAGAGAUUACAAUAUUUCUUCAAUUUGGGAUAUUUCUAAGUGGAAAACAGACUUAAAAUUGUAGUCUACUGGUAUAUGAGGACGUGACUGUAUCAUUCCAGUCCCAGCAUGGUGUGCUGUUUCUCUAGCAUAGUCAUCUCAGCAUGCUGGGCUCUGCUGUGCCAUUGCUGCUUUUUUGAAAGUCUUUACUGCACCUUUUUUCAUUUUCUACCUUAUCUCACUUUUUCUUUUCAUGCAGAUAAUUUUCUUUGCUUCAGUUCUCCAAAGACAUCUUCAUCGGGUUGGAUAAAACAUCUUUCCAAGCUUUGGAUGUUUCAUGGGCUCAUUGUCCUGUCUUCUAGCUUAGUUGACUCUUCCUCUAUCACCUGUCUCAGAACAUGCUCUGUUUGUGCUCUGCUGUACAGAAACUACAUUUCUCAAUGUAAAAUAAAUAUCCCAGCUGUAUCCCUUUUGCUAUUCCUUUGCCUUUUAUUUAUUUAAGUAACUAUUUAAGUUAUUAAUAAAAUUUGCGCUUUUAUGCCAUUAGGGAUUUCAUUUUUUGGUGUUUUCAUUUUUUAGCUGAAAACACUUUUGCCUGAAGGUUGACAAUGCCAAGCCAGCAAGUGCAGUGUGUGAAAACUGACAGUUAUUAUCUUAGUUUUUCUCAAACUCUGCUGCAGAUAAAAUGACAAAUAGAUGUAAUAGGAACUCUUCCAGUUGUUAUUGUUAGGUCAAAAUUUGCAAGGUCACUACUUCCUUGGGGUCAUUGGUCGUGGGAGCAUGGCUGAGGGAGCAGUUACAUCCUUGAUGUAACCAGAUUUUUCACUUUAAAGCCUGAAAUCUUUUCCUAGCUUUAUGCUGAAGACUUCUUAUCUUUAUUUAAAUGUCUUUGUUUGUUAACUUGUAUAUUUGAAACAGAUUUAAAGAGGCAGCAUCAUAAACUUUAAAUUAUUUUUUUCAUCCAAAAGUAAUCCUUGAAAUGUCUUGCAAAAAAGGUUUUCCCUCUUUCACACCUCAGUUAUUCAGCAAAGAUGAUGCUUGCUAACAUUCUGGGUUUUUACAAUAUCUUUUUCUUGAGUGGCAUGAUAGUAUUGGAAGUUCAUUGGGGAGGUUUCAGUAGCUUUCCGCUUGUGCUUAGUUCAGACUUGUGAGUUUGAAUUGCAGACUCAUGAGAAAUGUUUCAAAGCUGGAGUAGGAAAAUUCUAAUGAGUAUGCUAUUAAUGAAAUUACUCUGCUGCAAAGUGGAACAUCAUGGAUUUCAGGUUUCAGUUGUCACUGUCUGAUCAAGGAUGAAGCAUUAAAUAUUGACAUCUUGUGCACUUUUUGUAUUGUUAUUUGCAACUAGGGAGUUUAUUGCCUUAUUUUAACUUUAUUUACAUCACAGUGAAAGAAGUUAUUUUCCAGUUCACGUGGAAGCGAAAACCAGAUUGAUUUCUGGUGAUACUAUAUAUAUUGAUUGAUUUCUGGUGAUACUCUAUAUAUUGCUAAAGUUCCUAAGUCACCAAAGCUAAAUAAAUUCAUUAUACCAUAGCUGAACUGUAGUUUUUAACUUUUAGAAUAAUGUAAAUGUCUCUUUCUUGUUCAGCUUCAAGAUUAUUCAACAGUGCAGUUGAAACUAGAUUUUCUCCCCUCCUCAAAACUUGUUUUCCCAACAAGGCUUGGGAUGGAUGCAUGCUCCUCCUAGCCUGCCAUCCUUGGAUAACUUUUUGGCAUAUCCCAGUUUUCUACCUAAGACACAUCCUAGUGUUGCUGGCUGGAGGCAGAACCCCAAAUCCAGGAUAUAAAUCAGCAAUCACAGACAGUUCAAGUAAUAAAGUUCAGUAACUUACCAAUCCUCAACUGACACAGUAAGUGGCUGUGUGUGAAGGGUAACCAGAUAGAAUGGGAUAUAUAAAAGUGAACCAAAUAUAAUGGGAUGAGCAUUUGUAAAAUGACUGAGGUUAAUAGCUUCACAAAUGCAGGAGUAGGGGGUUGUGGUCAACUGUAACUUGUCAUCUGAGCCAGAGUAAAAUAUGCUACAGCAGCUCCAGCUUCUUAAUCUAUUGUGUUUAGGUUCAUUGUUUUAGCAGAGUUUUUUGUCCACUCAAUUCCUUGCAAUACUGGUGUUUCUUAAGAAAAGUAAACAAAAAAGCAAAAUCCAUUGUAGGAACCUGUCAGUUUUUAACAUAGUGAUUUUAAACAUCAGUAUUAAAUUUUUGCCUUUUGUGUCAGUCACACAUGAUCAGCUCUGCACUGAGGGAUGACAGAUUGCUGGACAGAGCACUGGAAAUGAGCAGUGCAGUGCAGAACCCCAGGAAGCUGCAUGCAGAAUUCCUGGCUGCUCCUUCUGCUCUGAUCUUCACUCCAGGGAGCUGUUGUGGUUCCCUGCUCUGGUGUGGCUCAGCACUCCUGUCACCCUCAGUUGUGGAAUUGUACCUGCCAUGUCUAGCUGGUUUUGUGCCUGAGGCUUCUUCCCAGGAGUGCAGGGCUGGCUCUGGGCUCUGCUGGGCUUUGCUGGCUCUGCACAGAGCCAGAAGUCCCUGCUUGGCUGCUGGGGCUCCUGCAGAGCCAGCCUCUGCCUCUGGAGCAGAUGGACACAUGGCCCAUGGGAAUCCAGGACUCACUGUACUCUUGGGAAGUGCCUUCCCUGCUUUACUGGGGGAUUUAGUUGUUUUGGAAGUUGAGGAAUAAUGUAAAUUUCUGCCUCAGUCAGAGAGGAGAUUUCUGUGAUGAUAAUAAGAGUAAGUUCACAUAAUUCAUUUUGGAAUAACAACUAUAUACACUUUGCUAGACAAAGUGAAAUUUUAGUUACUCUAAGGCUUUGUUUUUUUCCACAUAUAUGUGACAUUAUCAUGAUGAGAGGGACAAGAUCCAUUUGUUACUGGUGCAGGAUCAGAGCUGUGAAGUGUCCUGGCUUUACUGAGCUGGCUGUGGGAGUCUGGGCUGGGGAGGAAGCUGGGAGGAGUUGCUCACCAUGCAAGCAUGUCCUGCAGACCAGCUCACUGCACAGCUUUGCCUGUGCUGUGAACAGUGCCUGCAGGGGAAGGGGAUUCCUGUGGAAGCUGUUAGGCAGCUUGUGGAAAAGAGUCAGAAACAGUCAUUUCCUGUAGGGGAAUAAUCUGGGAUCAAGAGGUCAGGAGUGCAGUUAUUGAGAAGAGCAUGGACAAUUUGAGAGCACAAGAUAGUCAAAAGCCAUUGUGGAACAUUUUUUUCACUCUGCAGAGCAACUCUCACUUAAUGUGCUGUCACAACAUGGCUGUGGCCGUUCUGUUCCAACACAAAUUGUCCUCUCUGUUUGCUGUUUUUGAGCAAAGUGUUCAUCCUUCCUUUUCAUUUUCACCAAAUGUGAGUCUGUUUUUGUACACAGUAAAACUCAGCAACUUAAAGGUAUCAACAUGUGUGGAUUCCAGUAACACCAGUAAUAUUUACCUAUCAAAAAUAACAUUUCAGCCCACCAGACUUCCUAGGAAAGGAGUAUGGGCUGAGCCAGACCUGGUGGUAGUUGCCUACUGGCAUCUCCCCUGUUGUUACUGAUGCUGGCUGUGGUGCAAUUGCUUUCUCUCUACUGGCAGAUGAGGUUCCACUACACUUUAAAUAGUUUGCAAAGAAAAAUGGCACACAUGAAACAAUUUCACACACUGUACAGAAGAGUAAAGUAAGAUUUAGUACUACUAGGAGUAUAGCUGCAGUUCUUCCAUUUCUAUUCCAGUUUUGUCUCACAGCUGUUCCCCACAACAGGAUUCUUAGCCAGUUCUUGCUAUGGUACAAUAGCUGUCCUUGGAGUAGCUAUUCCUAGAGUUCUAGAAACAGAGGUAAAAUGUUUCUCUCUAUGUUACUGAACUGUCUGUCAUGUGACCAGUUUCUUUAGUAACUCUUAUUUAACUGUUUUCUCUGUCUAAUCUGUCUUCAUUCUGCCUCUUUUUUCCCUUCUAACCUGCUUGCUGCCUGUACAGACCAACUCUACCAGCAACUUGAGCAAAACAGUCGCCUAACUAAUGAACUAAAGCUGGCAUUGAAUGAGGAUUAAACUUUAGUGGGACUAUGUUGUUAACUUGUUUGAAACCACCUUCUUCCAAAUUUCCUUGAAAAAUGAAUCAGUAAUUGUAGAAAUAAGCAAGAAACUUAGAAAUUUUUUUUUCCUGUUAAUUCUGUGGUAAAUUAAUGAAAGAAAUUCUCUUGGGAAAAUAUGGAAAUGCUUCUUCUGGAUGAGGCUUUUCAUUCUGUGUCUGCUCACCUAUUUUGGAGGAGCACUAAGCUCUUCUGCUGUGCAGUAGCUUCUUUCUACUUAAGUAAAGAGCUACAGCAUUUCACUAACAGUAUUCAAAAACUAACAGCCUGUGUUGCAGAAAGGCACUCAGUUUAUCCAACAUGAAUUGGCCCUAAGAUUUUUACCACAGUGAGAGAAAAAUAUUCACUAGAAUUCAUAUUUCUGUAUUUCAAAAGCAACUUAAAGGAUACUACAGCUGUUUUGUCUGGAGACUUUGAUAAGAUAAUUUUGCCUUACUAUGAAUUUGGCUUGUAUUUGACAUUAAAAAAAAAAAGAAUGGGAGCUCCAUCUGACAAUACUCAAUCAGUUAAAGGUAUGCUUGCCUAGUAUGAAGUUACUAUUACUGGAUCCUGGUGGGAUGCACCACCAGAACAUUAUGCUCAUUUAUUGUAUUAACUAUGUGUGUUAAGUGAUUGUCCUAUAAAAGUGUGCAUGCAACAUAAGGCUACUAACUUUGAGUGAAUUUAUUUUCUAGAAGAAAUAAAUUUCUUAAAGGUCACUUCACUGAAAACUAAAAUAGUUUUAAUUUUUUUGUUCUUUGUGUUUUUGAAAUCUAUGAAACUAUUAAUUGUGUAUCCGCAAAGAACUUAUUUUCUUUAUUGCCUAC